UUACCAUACGGCUUUUACGGACACCAUCACAGGCAACAUUCCUGAUAGUGAAACCUUCCUUCGACAUGGAAUGGGAACAAUAUUCAGCUAGUUUAAUACAGGAUGCACCAAAUGAGCCUGUCCGUGCCACUGCCGUCAUUACAAGAUUCCCGUGUUAUGUCAUUGCUGUUUCCUGUACAAGUUGGCCACAGAUAUUACCUGAAGUGUUGCGUGGUCGCAGGGAAUCAUUUGAGCUUACACAUCAGAUGUUCUCAAUUAUGCCAUCGUCACACAACAAUGUAUGCAUGACGUUUUCAAAGGACGAACUGCAGCAGAAAACAGUCACAUUAGAACUUGUGAUUGAAUCAGUAGGUUCUCUGCAAACAUUGCAUUUGAUGUCAAGCCAGGACAUGAACCAUCCACUAAAAGUGAGUUGUGAGGACAAGAGGAGUCGGGAUCAAUUAUCUAGCGAAAGCUUUAUGGAACUCCAAAUUCUUACGAAAGAUGGAGACCUUGAUUGGAGGCUAGAAAACAGUGAACCACAUCUGAACCGACAUUGGAUCACAUUCUAUGUAAACAACAUCAGUAAAGGUGUACAGAAAUCAAUUGCAGUGAUGCUGUCAAACUACAGAAUAUCUUUCUCAGAACCGGAAAAUCGCCAUUUGGAAAGAGAAAAGGAUAUAUUAAUCGCUAUAUACAGAGGACGAAUCAACACAAAACCCCUGGCGUCAAAUCGGCGUGGCUCUUGGAAUACCAUUACAUGACCUCAACGCCUUGGAUGCUAGAAAGCCUCGAUCGCUACAGGAGAAAGUCUGUAUGGUAUUGGGAAAGUGGCUGAAGGAUAACCCACGCCGUUCUUUGCGUGAAAUAAGCUCUGUCUGGCACUAAUAGGUUUGGUUCCUGUCUCAACCAGCGAUUUAAUUAUGAUCCGUGUUAAAGGCACGGCAGCUGUGUUAGUUUGAAUCGCGUAACAAUAAAAUAUAACAUUUUGUAUAUAAUUUUUUUGGAAAAUAACCACCUGAUUACUGUGAACAUUUUGUUAGUGUCCUUAACAUUUUCAUCAUGGUCCAUAUGCAGUCGCCAUUAUAGUUAUUUUUCUUAUUACCCGUCUUGUUAUCUUUAUAGUUAUUGUAAUGACCUUUGCAGUUUCCAGUGAUCUCACUGUACCCUGUAGGUUCUAUGUAAGUGUUCUGUUCGUUGUUUUCUAUGCGAUAUAAGAAACCGAAUCGGAAAGCGUUCUUACAGAGCACGUUCAUGAAAAUGAAUAUGUGUACAUAGCUUUUAAGUAUCUGGCGAGAAAAAUAUAACUAUCAUGUAGUAUUUUAGGCAAAAUAUACCAACAGAACAUUGAUAAAAGUGACUCCUUUCUAUUUGUUUAAACAUGAGCUCAAUAAUGUAUAACUACGAUUACUUUGCAACUUCAACAGGUCGGACAUAGACACACGUUUCGACACAAGGAAGAAUAUUGUGUGAAUUGGAUGUAAGUGUCAUUGCCACUGAUUUGAAUAAUACAAAAGGCUUUUGCAAAAACUAGAAACAUAGCAAAUGUAUUUUACAAGGUCAAACGUAUUUUACAAUAACAAGUGUAGUUUAAAUCGAGAAAAAAAUAAUACAAGACAACGAUGUGAGGUUGCUGAAUUGGAUUGGAUUCGGAUGUGUAUAAGUCAAUGGCUUCGGGAGUGACGAACUGUUGUCAACUACGAGUCAUUUAUUGAAUUAUGACUCAUUGUUUCAUUUAUCAGUAAGGAAAUAGGAUCAUUAACAGAAGAUUAUUUCUAUUGGCAUUGCACUAUAUAUUUAUCUUCUUUUGUUUUACUCUAUAUUUUUGUUUCAAAUUUUCAAUGAUCAACGUUUCGUUUCGUAAAUGUGCUUUAUUUUGUAUGCUAAUAAAUAAACGUUUUUUUCUAACGGUGAUGUGUUUUCAUGAUAAAUUAUUAAUCACAUGUUAUAGUUUACAUACCUACACUGAUCGGUAAUACGUUUUUAUCAAUUACUUGUUAUAAUAAAGACGGAAAAGACAACUGAAAUGUGACAGCUAUUUGAUUAAUUUUCC